GAGAGCCAAGGGACAACAGGUUGGUGGGGUAGGGACAAGUGAGGUAGAAACCACAGCAGGCCAGAGUGAGUUUCCCCAAAAUGCUAGGAUUUCUUUAUCCCCACACAGAGCUGUUCUCUGAAAACACACUGCACACAUCCCACAGCCCUGGCGUGCACGAGAAUGGCUCCCCACUCUGCUGUGCUCUUUUGGAUGGUUUGCAGGCAGAAAUGCAAAGAAACAAACACCGAGCCAGUCCCUGAGCUUUGCUGAGCAUCCCCUGAGCCACGAUGCUCAUGUCCUCGGUGCUGGGCAGUGUGUAGAGCUGAAGGAGCUGCCCAGGGCUGCCCUGCCAGCCUUGCCUGCUCUGAGAAGGGGAGGGAGGAGUUGGGUUGAAGCUGUACCUGGUCCUUUGAUGGAGCUGGUGGUUGUGCCCCAGCCAGAGCUGCUCGUGAGUAGGGGUGCUGCAGGGUGCCCUGCCACGAGACACAGCACGGACCAGGAGCUCUCCCCAGGGCCAUGUCGGUGAGCCUUAUGGAUGUGGACAAGGCAGAAACGUGGGACCCCUUCUGCCCCAGCUCUUUGAACAGUCAGGAGAAGUGCAGGCAGGCUGGACACCAGGCAUUCCCCAGGGACCAUCUGGAAACAGCCAUGCACACCUUCCGUCUGCUCAGCCAGGCCCAGGUGGUGAAAGCAGAAUGCUGCAGGGCGGGCUGUGGUGAGGAGGAUGUGAUUUCAUCUGGGCAGAGCUAACGGCACAACCACAGCCCCGGAGACUGAGUCAGCUGCAGUGGCACGAAUCACUCACCAAGUCUGCCUGCAGCCUCCUUGACAUGGCUGCACCCAAAAAACAUCUUCACAGCUGCUCACUGGCCCAAAAUAGGAUGAUGGAGAAACCUCUGCCCCCAUGGCAGUGUUUGAACCUCGGUUUUAAAAUACAAACCACUGGUGCCUUCAGCCGGCAUGACAGCAGAACAGGGUGUCUGCCUCAAGGCUGGAUUUGGGGAAACCCAUUUCUUCUCAUAUUUCUCACCUGAGUUCCCUGCCAUCCCUAGGAUUUGGCUGAGCCCUCUGCAUCCAAGGCUGACCGGCAGCAGAGGGUUUAGGCAGCCCUGCCUCCAGCAGUGUCAGGUGUGGGCAGGGUACCUGCGCAAGGUGCUGAGGAACCACACUGCCCACACCUGCGAUGGAGAGCAGCUCCUCAUCGUCUGCCCUCGCAAAACCACCAUCAGCAUCCUCGGGGCCUUCUAUGGGCGCCGAGUGCCCAGCACCAACCUCUGCCCCAGCCCUGACAACGCCUCCCAGGAGAGCACCGAGUGCACGUCUGCAACUGCCCACCUGAAGCUGCUGGCUGAGUGCCAGGACCAGCAGUGGUGCCAGUUCUCAGUGCACAGCCAGGUCUUUGGGCCAGACCCAUGCCCUGGGACACACAAGUAUCUCAUCGCUUCCUACAAGUGCCGGCCAGGGAACCAUCGGGUCAAGACCGUGUGCGAGAAUGACAAGCUCAGGCUGCAGUGUCGACCAAAAUCCAUCCUGGCCAUUUAUUCUGCAAGUUAUGGACGAUUCCUGCGGGGCAAACCAGAGUGUGACGCCUUCAACACUGGAGGACCGCAUAUAGAGUGUGUGGCUCCAGACGCUCUGCGCAGGGUCUCCAAGAAGUGCCACCGCAAAGGGAACUGCACUGUGGCUGCUGACAAGGCCACCUUCGGGGACCCAUGCCUCCCUGGCACGAAGAAGCAGCUGCGAGUCUCUUACACCUGUGUGCCCAAGCAACUGCUGGAGGAGGUGGGCCCUGACGCCUCAGACCCCUUCCUGCUCUCGGACUACAUGCAUGGUGGCUGGUACAAAGGGCCCAGGUUCUCCAGGCUCCAGGAAGACCGCAUGAUUUUUACUAGCUCUCUGGCAGCUUUUGCCCACCUUUGGGGUGUCCCGGAGAAAGUUGCCCUCUACUUUCUUUGUGGAGUCUCAGGAGGCCUCAUGCUGCUGCUGUGCAUCAUCAGCCCCAAAACGACCUUCCUCCAGGAAAUGGGGGAGGCUCUCAAAGAUCCAGAGCUGGGGAGCAGCUCGGAGCUGGGCAGGACCAAGCUGCGGGAUGAGCAGGAUGAGGACGUCGCUGAUGACAGCUCCUCAGACUCCUCCUUCCGCCGCCUCACCCGCACCUACCGUGCCACUGACAGCAUCUUCGGCCCUGAGCUGACCGCAGCCAUGGAGGGAGCCGUGGAGCACCAGAGCCACACUGGGGACGAGAUCUGGAUGCCCAAGGAGUCAAGCCCGUAUGCCAUACACAAGAUCAAAUCGGCCACCAAAUAAGAACUGGGAGAAAACGGUGGGCGGGCAGCAGAGGGGUGCAGGCUCAGUGGGAUCUGACAUCAGAGAGACAUAAGAGUUUGGGAUCCCUGGGUGACUGCACAUCCCGAGCAGGGUCACGGCAGCUCCACUGUGUCCAUCCACACACUGCUCCACCAGCACGGAAACCUCUAACCUGGGGGUGGCGUGCAGUCCCUCAGUGUGAUGAGGGGCUGUGGAAUGGUCCUGUGGGCCACGGGCUCCUUUGCCAUAGAUGCCACUAACCCUAACCUAACCUCUCUGUUCUCAGCUUGCAUCGUCUGGCCCUAGAGUUUAACCUCGAUCAGUUGUGCCAAGUCCACCCUGAGCCCUUCAAGGCUGUUUGCUCCUAUUUCUCCUUGGGUGCUGGCUUCCACUCCUGGUGCUGCAAACACCCCCUGUACUCGGGCACUGUGCCAGCGGCAGAGGGGCAGGAAUGGCCAGGACACAGGGAGAGGCAGGUGGAGGGAGCGUGCAAGCACAGCAGGCAUUGCCAGCACAUCCCCACCAUGGUGCAUGCCAUGCAGCCCUGCUGUUCCAAGGCAGCUACUCCCCAGGCUGGGGCCACUGGCACCUGGGCACAACACUGGCUCUCACCUCCCUGUAGGCAUUCAGGAGCUCUGUCACCCUGCGUUGCUCUGUGCUUUCCUCUCUACUUUCUCUAGUGGCAGGAGAGCCCCAAGUUUUAACUUGCUGUAUUUUUUUCCAGUGAAUAAAUGCAAUAGCUCUUAGGCACAA